UGGAAUGACCAAAUAACAAGGAUGAGCUCAUCAAGAUCAGACUCCUACAUGCUUCAAAAAAUUUGGUGAUUCCAACUUAGAAAAAAGAGAAGUCCUCUUGAUCAAUUAGGGGAAAAUAAAAUUUCAACACCACCUCUUUGUCCUGGCCUAUAGAAAAAGGUAGCUUCUUUAGCCUUGAUUCAGUCUGUUCUAAGUCUUUCACAUCAUCUGGAGCUUGAAAUUGUAGGGCUUACAAAUUGCAAAUUUUAGACCUAAUCUGCGUUGAAUAUCAAUUAGCCGUGACAUCUCAUAUUUCAAACUUAUGCUGACUUUUAGCUAUCGUCCUUUUUCCUUCUCUUUGAAUAUUGGCUUAGCUGACAGCAAUUCAAUCCAUAAAAAUUAUUGUCUAUAUCAUCUUAUAAUCAAAGUCCCUCUCUUGCACUGGACUUGCCUUUGUCUACUUGGAAGCCUACCAAAGCCAUCGUCUAGACUCUAUAUAACAUCACAAGCUGCAAAACUCUCUCUUCAAUAUGCUAUUGCAUUUGCUUUCCACCAUUAUAAUUAUGCACCCAAUUCAUAUCCCUUUUGAGUUUCAGCAUAUAAUCAUGGUAUUGGUGGGAGAGUUUUGGUGGGUAGUAUUAGUAUUUCCAUGUUUGGUAGGAUUGGGAGGGAUUGUGUUGUUCCACUAUCUUCCUUUCUUUAGGAGCAUGAGAAGAGUGCCUAAAGGAUGCAUGGGAUGGCCAUUAGUGGGAGAGACAUUAGCUUUCCUAAAACCACACAACUCAAACAGAAAAGGAAGUUUUCUGGAUGAUCAUUGCAGCAGGUAUGGGAAAGUUUUCAAGUCUCAUCUCUUUGGAUCACCAGCCAUCGUAUCAUGUGACCCUGAGCUUAAUGCUUAUGUACUGCAGAAUGAGAAUAAGCUGUUUGAAUGCAGUUAUCCAAAGGCCAUUCAUGGCAUUCUGGGAAAGGAUUCCUUGUUGGUUAUAGUUGGAGAUGUGCACAAAAGGCUGAGAACUCAAGCCUUGAAUCUGAUCAACACUGCUAAAUCAAGACAUGAUUUUCUACUGGAAAUAGAGAGAAAUGCACUUCAUGUCAUGGAUUCAUGGAAGGAUAAGCAGCAAGUCAUAUUUUGUAAAGAAGCUAGAAAGUUCACAUUCAAUGUUAUAGUGAAGCAAAUGCUUAGCUUGACACCUGACAACCCAUUGACAGCUAGAAUCUUGGAUGAUUAUCUUACUUUCAUGAAGGGGCUUGUAUCAUUGCCAUUGUACAUCCCUGGCACACCUUAUGCAAGGGCAGUGCAGGCCAGGCAGAGAAUUCUUUCUGCAGUAGACAUGAUAGUAAAAGACAGGUCAAAGCAAGGAACAGGGUACAAGCCAUUGGGAGACUUUCUUGACAUACUUCUAGACAGUAAUAGCUUGAGAGACCAAGAAAAAUUAAGCCUUGUUUUGGAUCUUCUGCUUGGUGGGUAUGAAACCACCUACAUACUACUGGCAAUGAUCAUUUACCUGCUUGGUGAUUCCCAAGUAGCCUUACAAGAACUAAAGACUGAGCAUGAAAUGAUUGCAAGCACAAAGCAAAAGGAUAAGCACUUGACUUGGGACCAUUACAAGCAAAUGACAUUCACACAACAAGUGAUCAACGAGGCAUUACGCUAUGGCAAUAUAGUCAAAUUUGUCCACAGAAAAGCUUUGAAAGACAUCACAUAUAAAGAUAUUCAAAUUCCAAAAGGUUGGAAGGUACUUCCAGUGUUUACGGGAGUACAUCUAGAUGAAUCUUUCUUUACAGAUCCUUUACAAUUUAAUCCUUGGAGAUGGCAGACAUCUAAUUCCGCAACAAAACAAUUUACGCCUUUUGGUGGAGGACCAAGACUUUGUCCGGGAUCAGAACUUGCAAAAGUAGAGAUUGCCUUCUUCAUCCAUCAUUUCGUUCUAAAUUACAGAUGGAAAUUGAGUGAUCGAGAUCAUGCUCUUGCACAUCCAUACGUGGAGUUUGAAAAAGGAUUGCCGAUUAUAAUUGAAUCAAUAAAAAUAUAAUAAUGUAAAUUAAAAUUAUAUGUAUACUAGUAA